AUGGCGGCGCGCCAGUCAUCACCCACGUCAGAACAUUCCUCCCAUUCGGAUAACAAUGUCCGCAAACGGGUCUGCAAGGCCUGUGACCGGUGUCGAUUGAAGAAAUCAAAAUGCGACGGAGCCAACCCGUGUGGUCGGUGUCGAGCAGACAAUGCGAUUUGCGUUUUUGGAGAGCGGAAAAAGGCCCACGACAAGGUGUACCCUAAGGGGUAUGUGGAAAUGCUGGAGCAACAACAAGUAUGGCUGGUCAACGGUCUGCAAGAACUAUACCGACGCGCUCAAGAAGGAGAAGGCUGGCUGGGCGAUCCCUUACCGUGCGAGCCCAACGGCCACCCGCUCACCCACGACCUGUUGACCCGGCUCGGCGCGUUGGAUCUGACCAAGGGGGAGCACUUUGAAGAGAAUACGGAGCUCAUGCAGCGCGACCUGUGGCGACAUAGCGCCGGCACGAUGCAACGACAGGAAUCCUCCGACGGCGGCAGCUCUGACAGCGCCCAGUCGCCCAUCACUGCUCCGAAUUGUUCAUUUUCCUCCUUUCAACAGCCGCAGUACCAGCAACAACAACACCAACAACACCAACAACAAGCGCAGCGACAUCUCCCCCCGACACCACCAGAGUAUAGUCCACUGACGCGCGCCCAGCCGUUGAUCAUCCCUACCUCACCCGUCUGCUCGUCGUCACCGAUGAUCAAGAUCGAGCAGCAGCAGCAGCAGCAGCAGCAGCAGCAGCAGCAGCAGCAGCAGCAGCAGCAGCAGCCCCUGCUACCCGCACAGCUGUCCUCCCUGUCGGCGGGGGGUGUGGUGAACCCGAUCGCCCUGCAGGGCGGCCCGCAGGCGUGGCCCCCCGCACAUCAACAUUUCACCGGCGGCUUCGACGAGAUGGAUCUCAUGGGCCCUGACUUUAACACAACGGGUGGUCCCCUCUCCUUUGAUGAGCCGCCCAUGUCGUCCUCCCCGCUGUUCGGCCGUAACCUGUCCAUCAGCUGUAUGGGCGGCGUGGGGUCCUACAUGGACAGCAAGGCGGAUUUUGACGAUUUCAACCAGUUCUUUAAUCCCAACCCGCCGGAAAUUACGUCUAUCUAG